UACGUAGUUCUGUUCGUUCGGUGUGGAUGAUUGCGUGCAGAUCUUCUCCACGUUCAAUUCGUUCUCGCGCGUUAAACCCGCGAUAUGAACACGGUGAAUAUCGAGGUCGCGUCUGCCGUGUGAACCGGUGAAGAGUUGCGCGGGUGAGUGUGUGUUCGUGUUCGCAGUGAGUAUCGUUAACCUUGCGAAUCACGGAAAUUGGUAGGAACUCGUUCUUCUCGCUGGAAAUCGCGCUUAGAUCCUUGGUAAGGACCAGUCAGUCUCGCGAAGUUGAGUGGACGCAUUGUUCGAUUAGAAUGUCGGCGUCGGUUACGUUGUUCCCGGUGAUGCGACAGUGAACUCAGUGACAUCAAGGAAACAGCUCCGGGGUGAGCAGAGUUCACACGUCGAGAGAUUUAGAGACUACCGAGGAAAAUGGCGGACCUUGAGGCGGUGUUGGCCGACGUCAGCUACUUGAUGGCAAUGGAGAAGAGUAAGUGCACGCCGGCUGCCCGCGCAAGCAAGAAGAUUAUUCUGCCCGAUCCCAGUGUAAGAAGCGUAAUGCACAAGUAUUUGGAAAAGCAGAAGGAAGUUCACUUCGAUAAAAUAUUCAAUCAAAUGUUUGGUUACCUCUUAUUCAAAGACUUCUGCGAGAAUGUGGCGGAGGAGCCGAUUCCGCAACUUAGGUUUUACGAAGAGAUCAAGGCGUACGAGAAGCUGGAAUGCCCGGAAGAAAGAAGAAAACUUGCCAGAGAGAUAUACGACAACUUUAUCAUGAAGGAGUUACUAGCGCAUACACAUGAAUACUCUACGGAAGCGGUAACCCAUGUUCACAACUAUCUAGUGAAAAAUGACGUUCCGGUUAAUUUAUUCGAGCCAUAUAUCGAAGAAAUUUUUAUUCACUUAAGGGGAGAGCCAUUCAAGAAAUUCCUGGAGAGCGAGAAGUACACUCGUUUUUGCCAAUGGAAGAACUUAGAAUUAAAUAUGCAGUUGACAAUGAACGACUUUAGUGUGCAUCGCAUUAUUGGCAGAGGUGGUUUCGGAGAAGUAUAUGGUUGUCGGAAAGCAGACACGGGAAAAAUGUACGCUAUGAAGUGCCUCGACAAGAAGCGUAUAAAAAUGAAACAAGGCGAAACUUUAGCACUCAACGAAAGGAUAAUGCUUUCGGCAGUCAGUACUGGAGUGGAUUGUCCAUUCAUAGUCUGUAUGACAUACGCCUUCCAAACACCGGACAAACUUUGUUUCAUUUUGGAUCUAAUGAACGGUGGUGACCUUCAUUAUCAUCUCAACCAGCAUGGUGUGUUCAACGAAAGAGAAAUGAAGUUCUACGCGGCGGAAGUGAUAUUAGGACUAGAGCAUAUGCAUCGCAGAUUCAUCGUUUACCGGGAUUUGAAGCCUGCGAAUAUAUUGUUGGAUGAACACGGCCACGUCAGGAUAUCGGAUCUAGGACUAGCCUGUGAGUUCUCAAAGAAGAAACCACACGCAAGUGUUGGAACUCAUGGGUACAUGGCGCCAGAAGUGCUUUCGAAAGGAGUUACCUACGAUUCCAGUGCCGAUUGGUUUUCGUUUGGCUGUAUGUUGCAUAAAUUGUUGAAAGGCCACAGUCCGUUCCGGCAACCCAAAACUAAAGAUAAACACGAAAUAGAUCACAUGACGCUAACCAAGAACGUUGAGCUGCCAGAAACAUUUUCAAGAGAGCUGCGCUCACUCUUGGAAGGUUUACUACAACGAGAUAUUAACAACAGACUCGGUUGCCGGGGGGCAGGAGCUGAUGAAUUAAAAGAGCAUCCGUUUUUCAGUGGUAUUGAUUGGCAACAAGUUUAUCUUCAGAAAUACACGCCACCACUUAUACCACCACGGGGCGAAGUAAACGCAGCAGACGCCUUCGACAUCGGUUCCUUCGACGAAGAGGAUACAAAGGGUAUCAAGUUAACAGACGUGGAUCAAGACCUGUACAAAAAUUUCCCUCUAACCAUCUCUGAAAGGUGGCAGGCUGAGGUGGCAGAGACUGUAUUCGAGACAAUCAAUAACGAAGCAGACAAGUUGGAAAAUAAAAAGAAAGCGAAGCAAAAACAACGGUUCGACACAGAUGAGAAAGGAUCGGACUGCAUUUUACAUGGUUAUAUUAAGAAAUUAGGCGGUCCUUUCGCUAGCGCGUGGCAAACGCGUUAUGCGAAACUUUACCCUAAUCGGUUGGAAUUGCAUCCCGAGUCCACGAUGAAGCCUGAACUUGUAUUUCUUGACCAGGUUGAAGAAGUCAGCGCGGAGCUACAACAUGUGAAAGGGGAACAAUGUAUCGUCGUCCGCACGAGAGACGUGAAAAUAGUACUUACGAAUCCCGACGAAAUCAGUCUGAAGGAAUGGGCGUUAUCGCUAAGAUCCGCGCAUAAAUGUUCGAUGGAGAUGCUGGGCAACAUGGCUAAGAAAGCUGGCAAGAUCUACGGAACUGAAAGGGAUCCGGUGAUUCCACCGAUGCAGCGCUCUACGAACGGCAACUAGCCCAUUGCUAAUAUCUGCACUCCGGCGUCAUACUCCAGUUCCACUGCCCCUCAGCAGCAACAAGUUUUUUUAUACUGAAAGUCAAUGCUGAGACCAUAGAUGAAUUCUCAGCGAGGACUGCAUCGGGAGGCAACUUCUUGUGGACGGAACCAGAAGUAUCUAGGUCUCAAAACAGCUCCAAAGAAUCUCCCUUUGAACGACGGGUAGCGUCGCUCUGUAUAGAGACUCUAGGAAGUAGUGUCGUACGAACCGUCACGACGUUAUAUUUGUACGUUAGCUAUAUGUGCAAUGUGACGUAGGAACUAGCAACUGAAUAAUGUCCAUCGAUACACACUCUCAAACUCGAAAUCCGCACGCGAACGCACGAACACGUACACCAUACACUCACCCACCCACGCACACGGACACGCAUACGCGCGCGCGCGCGCGGAGAAAGGACACGGUAAAUGCAACCAGUAGUGUAUUAUUGUUAUAUCAAUACGAGGUAUAACCUGGUCCUGAUUAUACUUCUUCACCGUUCUAUACCACUCGUUUACUUAAUUUAUUGAUGAAUGCAGAACGAUUUUAUAUUGUCGUUACAUAAUGAUGACACGUGCGCAAACUCGUUUAUUUAUUGUGUUGAUAGAGAAGAACGAAGAAAAAAUCGAAAAGUUUACAUUGUCGGCAGCCAACCGAAGAUCGUUGUAAUAAUUAUGUACGCUCGAGUAGGUAAGGUAAGUUUGCUCCGGCAAUAAAAUUGUGCGACGAACGCAAA